GUUGUCACAUUUCAUAGAAAAGUCACUUAUUAUCUACGAAAAUGACUCGAUUUCUGAUCGCGAACGUUUUGCUGAUCACCUUGUUGCUUUUCUUUGCGCCGUUUUCUCCAGCUCAAGAUUGGAAAACACAGAUGCCUAAAAAACAAGUUGAUCCCUUGGUCAAAAGUCAGCGGAAGGCCGAAAGAAUCGAAAAUUCUUUACCUGUUUUAGACACUAGCUGUGAACAGGUUAUAUGCACCAACUCGCCACAUUAUCCGGCAGCCGCGAUGGCUAAAGUGGUCGAUGAGUCUCGCGAAAUUUUGAAGUCAGGAAGUCCAAGUGUUCUAUUUGAGAACAGACGUAUGGAUUUAAAGUCGUUCGAUUCGAAAAUACUCGAUUCGGAGGUUCCUCUGAGUACGCACGGCAGGUGCACAGGACAUAGGAAACUUACCUAUCCGCUAGAAGGUUAUAAUCGUCAUCACGAACAAUUCUUUUACGUAGUUAACAUACCAGGUUUUCGCCAAGGAGUGUGUACUAAAGUUUGUUCAAGCAACGCAGAUCGUUACCAGGCCUAUAGCGAAGAAAAACUGGUAGUGUUGCCCAUAGGCCAACGACACUUUACAAUCCAGGAUUUAAAGAUUCGAAAAAUUUUAAUACCUCAUGAUUGCCCUAAAAAAGUGUUCUGAAAUGAUUAUCUUAAUUUAUCUUCAGCAUUAAUACGAUAUAUGAAUGAUAAAUUAGCUGAAAAUAUACUUUGAUAUUCUUGUCAUUGAAUGUUUCAUGUUAAUUAUUCACAACAUUUUCUAAAUAAUUGCAUAUAAUAAUGAAUUUAUUUAGUAUUUUGAGCAAAUUCGAUCAGUUAUAAAAAUUAUUCGUUUGACUUGUCACAUUUUUUUAUGUAACUAGUAGUAUAUUCCUGAAACUCAAGAUGAUUUUCUACCAUCUAUUCUAGUCGAGUACCUUCACGACGCUUCUCUGUAUAAAGUUUCAAUGGUUUUGCUGGACGCUCUGUUUACAUUUAUCCACGAUUUCACGGUACUAGGUACACUACGUUACUAGUGAAAAUCUUGCAGAAUUUCGAAACCACAUUCAACUGUGGUCGUCGCGGUCGGUGUGGACACUUCUAUAGCCGUUACUACACGGGCACAGAAUUACUGAACAAUUAUCGUAUAGAAAAGAAAGAAAUUUGCUAUAAUACACAAUAAAGAUUACUGCGAAACGUAGUAAUCGUAGGAUACUCUUUUUAGAAGUACAAAUUUUAUCAUAGUAAUGGCGAGAGCAC